AUGUCCGCCCCGCGCCCGGGCCACGUCAGCCGCGGCGGGGAGCGGCGGGGGCGGCCGCCAGACUCCGCCCCGCCCGGCUCCGGGCCGGGCCGGGCCGCAGCACGGGGCUCGGCGGGGGGCGGCCUCGCUCCGCUGCGGCCCGGUGGCCCCGGGCUGGGCCAUGUGAACGGAGAACUACAACUCCCGGCGUGCUCCGCGGCGGAGACGGGACUACAACUCCCGGCGUGCCCCGCGGCAGGGCUCCUGCUCCCGGCGUGCCCCGCCCCGGAGCGGCGGGAGGCGGCAGCCCUGGCCGAGCGGUCCCCGCCGACCGCGGGCCGCAGCCCGCCCCGCCGCCCCCCCGCCCUGCCGCGGCCUCUGCCCAGGAGGACCCCCGGUGGCGGCCGGCGGAGCGGCGCGGCCGGCUUCAAGUCACCGAUCCCGUCUCCAAGGGCCUGCCAACCUCAUGGAGCCAACGAAGAAGCCCUGCGCUAUGAAAUUGAAGAGCUGAAACAGAAAGACCUUGCUCUGGACCAGGAAAUUGCACAAUUGUUGUCUGAAGGCUACAGCCUGGAGGAAUUGGAGAAGCACAUCUCUCUGCUCCAUGAGUACAAUGAUAUUAAAGAUGCUGGACAGAUGCUGCUAGGCAAGCUGGCUGUUAUCCGAGGGGUUACUACAAAGCAGCUCUACCCUGAAUAUGAUCUGGAGCUUAGCGACUAGUAUUGAACCUGAAGACUGCCACGUCCUGCAAAAAUGACUGUUACUGGCCCAUUAUGUUUUAGUGUCCUAGUGGUUUAGAACUGACGUAAGGUGGCCUCAGAAAUAUGUAUGUAGAAUUGCAACAGCGUAUGGGUUAACAGCCUCAUUUCUAGGAAGCUUUGGAACGUGAAAGUUGUUGAAUCUACCAACCGUUUCCUGCUUGUGGGAAAGGGAUGUAGGACUUUGGAUAAUUUCUUCUACUACCUGAUGAACAGUAUUUUUAUUUUUUUAUUGGAAAGGUUGGAAUUCAGGUUGGUGUUAAGACUUCCCAUGGAGCCUUUGCUUCUCUACGACAUCCAGGGGCUAUUUGGAUACUGAAUUGCUAGAGGAAGUGAGGGCAUACACAUGUGCAAUGUAAUAGCUGCUUUGAAAGAAAAGGAAAAAACCCUCAGAAGUAGGGAGGGAAGAAAGCUGAAGUUGUGGUGAUUUGGGGUUUUUGUUUUGUUUUAUGAUCAAAUCUGGAUAAGUCUGGGUGUUCUGCAUUUCUGUACUUAACUGCUCUGGUAUCUAGAGGUUUUGUAUCAUUUCUUGUAGUAAAUGGCAAAAUGUGAAGUUGUGUUGAACUGUCCCGUCUGAAUAAAGCAGCUAUCACAUUUCUCAGUAA